AAACAGCUGUGGUGUGAUGAGCGGUGAAUUGAGUUAAAAAUUUAUAGUAUAUGGGUAACCGACUGCUCCCUCGUGACCUUUUGUAAACUGUAUUUAUGACAAAGAACUGCACAGAUAUAGAUAUUCUAGCAAUCUAUCGAUAAACUCACCUUGUGUCCUCUUUCUGUUUAAGUCCACUUGCUGCGGAUUGAAGAGCGCACUGAAAGACGGGGAGGAGAUAGGUCUGCCGCCAUUUUCACAUGAACUUUAAGCAGACUGAGUCUGAGGCAAUCGUGAAUUUGAGUACAAUUUAUGAAACUAAAUGCUAUACCCCGCUUAAAAAGCGUAGCGAUGCCCAUGCUUCUUGUGUACAUUUCAGAUAUCCAAGACAAAUAUUUCUGGAUUUAAGAGGCACCGAGAUGAGGCACCGAAAUCUGCUUUCUGAUUCGGCCUGAUGAAAAUGAAAGAAGAAAGACAAGAUCUGAAUGAAAUGGAGGAGAUAUAUCAGGAUCAGAAAGAUCAUGAUGUCAAUGGAGAAAAAUCAGUGAGUUGCAACAUUAAAACAACAGAAGUCAAGAGGCCUUUCAGCUGCUCUCAGUGUGGAAACACUUUCACAUGUAACAGAAAUCUUAAGAAGCACAUAUUAAUUCAUGCUGAGAUAAAACCUUUCAGCUGCUCUCAGUGUGGAAAGAGUUUUACACAGAGAGCAAUCUUAAAGAAUCACUUGUCAACUCAUACUGGGAUAAAGCCUUUCAGCUGCUCUCUGUGUGGAAAGAGUUUCAUAUGUAAGCGAAAUCUUAAGGAUCACAUGGUAAUUCAUGCUGGAAUAAAGCCUUUCAACUGCUCUCAGUGUGGAAAGAGUUUUACACAGAAAGCAAGCCUUAAGAAGCACAUGUUAAUUCAUGCUGGAAUAAAGCCUUUCAGUUGCUCUCAGUGUGAAAAGAGUUUUACACAGAAAGCAAGCCUUAAGAAGCACAUGGUAAUUCAUACUGGGAUAAAGUCUUUCAGUUGCUCUCAGUGUGGAAAAAGUUUUACACAGAAAACAAGCCUAAAGAAUCACAUGUUAAUUCAUGCUGGACUAAAGCCUUUCAGCUGCUCUCAGUGUGGAAAGAGUUUUAUAAAGAAAGGACAACUUAAGGAUCAUUUGGUAACUCACACUUCAGAAAAGCCUUUCGUCUGCUCUCAAUGUGGGAACACUUUCAGACGUAAAGCAAGCCUUGAGAAGCACAUGUUAAUUCAUGCUGGGAUAAAGUCUUUCAGCUGCUCUCAGUGCGGAAACACUUUCAGAUGUAAAGCAAGCCUUAAAAGGCACACACUAAAUCAUACUGGGAUAAAGCCUUUCAGCUGUUCUGAGUGUGGAAAUAGUUUUACACAUAAAUUAAGCCUUAAAAGGCACAUGUUAAUUCAUGCUGGAAUAAAGCCUUACACCUGCACUCAGUGUGGAAAGACUUUUAGACAGAGAGGGCAACUUAAUAAUCAUUUGGUAACUCACACUUCAGAAAGUAAUUUCUCCUGCUCUCAGUGUGGAAAGAGUUUUACAUAUAAAUCAAACCUUAAGAGGCACAUGUUAAUUCAUACUGGGUAACAACCUUUCACUUGGUCUCAAAGUGAAAAUAAUUUUACAAAGAAACAGCAACUUAAUAAUCAUUUGGUAACUCGCACUUCAGAAAGUAAUUUUUCCUGCUUUCAGUGUGGAAAGAGUUUCACACAGAAAGGACACUUUAAGGUUCAUUUGGUAACUCACUCCUCAUAAAAGCCUUUCACCUUAGGGAGUUAAAGUAAAUGACUGUUAUUCUGAAUGACUGUUGUCAUCUAUUGGAUCACCUCAAGGAUGUGUCCUCUCUCCUUUAUUUUUGAUCUUGUAGUUAUAGAAAUAGGCAUAUUAUAAAAUUUCCUGACGAUACUGUAAUCGUUAGCUUAAUGAGUGAGGAGGACUCCAUGUUUGGUCCUGUGGUUGAUGUUUUUAUUAUCUGGUGUCAGAAUGCUUUCUUAAAACUUAAAGGCACAAUAUGUAAGUUUUUGCCACUGGAGGGCGUGUAUUGAAAAUAAACAAAGACCAGGUAGCGUAGUAG